CGGGCGGCAAGGAGGCGCGGGCGGCGGCGCUGAGGGUGGCUGUCGUGCCGGCGCUGCUGGUGCUGCUGGUGGGCGUGGUGCCGCUCCUGGAGAUCCGGAGCGUCGUGGCCGGGGCGGCGGGCUGGUGGUCGUCGUCGCUCCGGAGGGCGCCGAGAGUUGCGUGGGCGCUGCAGGGUCUGGCGUUUGCGGGCUGGCUGUGCGUGUUCUGGUCGCUCGGCAGGGCGGUGCCGGCCGUGGCGGACGAGGCGGACUACCUGCGCGGGAGGCGGUUCGGCGGGGGCGAGGGCGAGGGCGAGUUCGACAGCACGGGGAUGACUAUUGGGAGGGCGGAGGCGAGGGCCGAGUCGGUCGGGGACGUGCUGGGGGGUGGGGGGCUGACCAGGGCGUGCCUCGAGAGGGUCGGCGUCAUCGGCAUCUCGCUCAUGGCGCUGCUCUCGGGGUUCGCGAGCGUGUCUAGCCCCUGGCAUACGUUUGUGGAUGGGAGGUCUUACAGGCGGCGGCCCGUCACGGAUGCGGACAUCGCGAGGAAGCAGGCCGGCUUGGAUGCGACGGGCGAGAUGUUGCAUAGCAAGCGACAUCGGUUGCGGGUGCUGGAGAGGAAGCUCGCCGCGUCGGCGGAGGGCGGAGCGGCUGCUGCACCGGGGUCGACCGGCCUUGUGGGCAGGAUGUUUGGCUCGCUGAAGAGUAUUGGUGGCGGCGGCGGCGGGGAUGCCGGCGAAAUCCGGGCGCUGCAGGUCGAAAUCUCGGGCCUCGAGACCAUGGAAGCCAGCCUCUCAUCGUCGCUGUCCCUCCUCCGCAGCAAGCAGGCGGCCCACUCUCGCGACGGCACGGUGCUCGGCCUUCUCCUCUCGCUGCCGAACUACGUCUUCGGCGUGUACUGCAUCUACCGCAUCCUCGCCACGUCUCUCACCACGUUCCGCCGGAUCUACUACCCGACGGCGUCAUUCAGCUCCUCGGACCCGAUCAACCGCUUCCUCGGCCUUCUGGCCAGGCACUGGGACCCGACGCUCGACCAGACGGCGUGGGCGCGGCAGAUCAGCUUCCUGCUGUCCGGGGUGAUCCUCGCGGCGUCGGCCAACUCGGCCAUCCAGACGGCCCACCUGUUCGCCAAGUGGGCGCCGGGCCUGCUCCGGCAGGCGCGGGCGAACCUGGCGCUGGCGGUCGGGCAGGUGGCGGCCACGUACACCAUCAGCGCGGCGCUGCUGCUGCGCAACAGCCUCCCGCGCGAGGUGGGGAGGUCGGUCGGCGACGCGCUCGAGAGCGCGCUCGAGCCGGCGUUUGUGGACCGCUGGUUUGAGGGCUGGUUCCUCGCCGCGAGCGCUGCCACGGCGGCCGGGAUAUGGGUGGGCGGCAAGAUCGGGGCGAGCGGCGACUGGGACGAGUGGGAAGAUUACGGGGGGGAGGAGAUGGGGCAGAAGAGGUCCUGAUGAUGGACUGGGCCUCCGUCUUUCUCCCUUCCCCUACACUCCCCUCGUCUCUCGCUCUCCUCCCCUUUUCUUAUUUCUACAUGUUCUCUCUCGAGUUAUUGUUAUGGGCAAAAACAGGUCUGGUCCGACCGAGAAUAUGGAUUUGGCGAAAGAUUUUAAGGUUCGGAGAACAUAGGGGUAAUACGGCAGGAUUCAGAUAGGCUCGGAGUUCAAAGACUGGUGGGUUUGUACAGGACUAUGGAUUUUGCUGGCUACUUGUAGUUGGGCUGUCGGUAUAUGGAUCUGGAGCUGUUUUGGGCUUCAUGUAUAUGUUAGAAUGUGUUUGUAGAGAUCUAAAAUCAUCAUUUCAAUGUUGGCAUAGUUGUCAACCUUUCGAUCAAA